AUGGAGCUAGACAUGCCAGACCAAGCCGACCGGGCUCCUCAGGCCUGCGUCUCAUGUCGUCGACAGAAGCGCAAGUGCGACAAGCUGCUGCCCAGCUGCUCGCUGUGCAGCCGCAUGUCCCGCGCCUGCGACUAUUCCGAAGUCACCGCCAACCCUACCUUUGAAGACUUCGCGACCAUGAGGCAGAAGAUCGCAGACCUGGAGGCCCGGCUGGAGGGGCGCCGGUCUGAAAGUUGGCAUGGACCCAUGCGCUCCGUUAGCAGGAGCCCGGCCAGCUGCAUCGACCAUAGCGACCGCAAUGCCACGUUCCCUGCAGCCUUCUUUCUCGAUGGCGAGGUGUUCAGGGACGCCCAGAUGGUGGUGCCCAAACCCACCAUGCCCGUGCCUCCAGAAGUCGUGGCCACGGUGGGAGUCUCAAUACUCGAUAUCCAGGAUGUCGUGGAUCGAUACUUUGCCAACGUCCAGGUCUGGCUGCCUUUUAUUUCCAAAAAGCGCAUGCAGUUGAACCUGGCCAACCCUGGAAUGGAACUUACCCUUGACCUGGCACUUCUGCUGCUCUCGAUGAAGCUGAUCCUACAGGUGCCGCAAGGUGGUCCGCAUGCUGCUCGAUCGCCCCUUUACAGUCUGACGAAGAGCUAUUUCAACAUGGUGGACUCUUUCGGUGUGGUCUCACUGCAAGUGCUCCAAGCCGACCUCUUGAUCGCCGCAUACGAGAUCGGUCACGGCAUAUACCCAGCGGCAUAUCUGACCACUGGACACUGCGCCCGACUGGGUCAUAUUCUCGGCAUCAACGACCGAAAGAAUGCACCUCAAUUGCUUAGAAGAAAGCCAGGAGCGUGGGCCGAACUCGAAGAGAUGAAGCGGGUUUGGUGGACGGUAAUGCUGCUCGACCGUUAUGUCAAUCUUGGCUCGCGCGGCCAUCCUCUGGCGACCGACGAUCCUGUCCGGAACGAAACCCUGCCUGCGGACGAUGGCAUGUGGGAUGAAGGCGAACUCAGCACCAGUGAACCGCUGUACGUCUCGACACCGACAAAUGUGAGAGCCAGCCCGUUCGCACGCACAUGCCAGGCGACACAUCUACUCGGGCGACUCAUCCGCCUGCUGAACGACCGAGUCCUCGAUGCCUCCAUGCGAUUCUCCGAAGCCAUCCAACUGCACCGCACCCUUCAAGCAUUGGCCAAUCUUCUUCCCAAUGAUGUCGCGCGGGCGCCAGAGCGGUAUGGGACGCCUCUGGCGAUCUGUUACAGCAGCCUCAUGCACCUCUGCGAUCCUUUCGCCUGUACAGAGUCAAACCACGGCCAGCACACAGUGGAAGAGACCGAGAUGCAGACCAUCGCCAUUGCCGGCUUGAAAACAUUGGCAGCUGACGUCCUGCGAUUCAGCGAGCUAUUCCACAUCAGCAUGCUGGCGAACCCAGCUGCGAGCAGCCCGCUGGUGGGAGACUGUCUGUAUUUCGCAGCCUCGAUCUAUGCCUGGCUCGCCAACGAGACGGGGUCGAAACCAAUGGCAGAUGCAUACCAUUCGCUCAGGAGAGUGCUAGAGACGAUGGGCACGCGGUGGGCUGUCGCGCAUGAAUAUCUCGCCCUGCUCAACACAAGCAAAGAAACACUGUAUGCUGACUCGGUGCUCAUUUGA